AUGAAGGGACCUUAUAGGGGAUUGGGUCAGAUCCCAAAGCCCAAAGAGCUGGAAGAAGUAUUAGACAUUCCAGUUAAAGAUCUAACCCCUAACAUCAAAAUUUGGGGGAAGGUACAAGGAAUUCCUCAAGAAUACUUGGAGAAGAUUGCUCAAAACUUUGCCAAAGCCCAGAAGUGGGAAGCCUAUGAUACUAUUAUGGCUUUACUUAUUUUUGGAUUGGUGUUAUUUCCUAAUGUGGAGAAGUUGGUGGACGUAGGAGCUAUUAGCGUGUUUUGGGCCGUCAAGAUUAAGAACGAAGAUCCAGUGCCCGCACUCCUGGAAGAUGUUUAUCACACCUUACACUUACGCUUCGAGAAGAAGGGAGGAUUGAUGUUAUGCUGCAUACCGCUCCUUUACCAAUGGUUUGUCUCUCAUGUGUUCAAAUAUGUUGAUACGGUUGAGGGGAUGGAUGGGAUACAAAUGGUCUCAAAAGCUGGGUCAAAAGGGUGCAUUAACUACAAUCCAGUUUUUGCAAUAAGGCAGUUGGGUUAUCUUAUCACGUACAAGCCAGAUGACCAGUUGUUAGAAGGUUUUGUAUUCCAUGAUAUGGAGGAUCUCGUUAGGCUGAGAAGGGUUAUCCAAGCCUGGAAAAAAGUUCACUUCAGAGGACAAGACAAAGGAAAGGGUGUUGUAGGGGAUAGAGAACCCUAUUAUCAAUGGGUCACAAAGAGAAGUCAAGAAAUCAAGCUACCAUUCAUCCUCGACCCUCCUACUCAACCUCCACCACCAGAGCCUACCCCUGUCUCCAUUGAGGAAUUGGAAGCAUUGAAAGCUACUAUAGCAAGACUCGGGCGAGAAAAUGAAGAGCUACAGAUCAGCUUCCAGCAAGUUUCAAAUGAAAGAAAUAAGAUGAAGUAG